CCGCUCUUCCACCCACCCCCUGACCCUUGUUGCAAGCCUGCUGUACCGCCUCUCUCUGUCAUGGUGCCGCUUGUUGCUCUCUGCCCUACGGGGAGGUGUCUAGUGCAGAAAACCACGCCUCCCCCCCCCCCAAAUUCCGUCCCUGGCCGCUGGGCGCUGGUCCCUUUCCCUCCUCCUUUGGGGGGGGCAUUACCAUGUGGAGGGGAAAGUUGAUCCACGCCCUCUUGGGUCCCCAAGUUCCAGCAACAGCAAGGCAUGGCCGUCGAACCCAUGUGUGCCCCCUCCCCCGGUCUACAAGUCGUGGUGUCUCUGUCAACAGCAGCGCGGCUCGUGGCCGGAUCUAUAUCAGUCGUGAAGGCCCCAAGGCACUUGAUGGUUGUUUCUCGCCCCCGUCAGUCUUUACAAUCAUCAUCAGUCCCGGAUAUUUGGUCCCAUCGACACCAAAGACGACAACGACGACCAUCUUGCCUCUCUCACGCUUGGACAUAGACAUUGUACACUCCACCGUCUUUGCUUCGGCCUUCUCCUCCUCCUCCUCCUCCUCCUCCUCCUCCUACUCCUCCUCCUACUCCUCCUAA